AUGAGUCAGGUGGCGUACAUAAACGUACCAAGGACGACGUUGAUAUCAGUUGGUUUUGAUACAUCGUUCGAAAUGGCUGCAGACAGAUAUUACGGAUACGGUCGUGGUCCAUAUGGGUACCCUGGUCCUGGAUCUGGGUAUCCACCUAUGGGUUACCCUGGGGGUCCAAAUAUCCCUUUCUACCCAGUACCUCCUCCCUAUUUCUAUCCCCCUCAUGGAAUGCCCCCAAGCCAUCCAGGAAUCGAAGUAGCAGUAGUUGACGAUGGCCCAAUUAUGGCAGGGGAGACUGUUGAAUUGCCUUACAGCACAUACCGUUGGGUCCCAGCAUGUCUGAGCCAGAGGAGUCUGCCCAUGGGCGCUCUAAGGGUCGGUGUAGAUGUUGAUGGCGAUGAAAUUUUCGCGGGCAGAUCUCAUCACAGUGGGGACCUUCUGCCGGCUAAGGUCAUCCCGGCCAAGAAUGUUGCUUACGUUUGCUACUGUGGCGAGGAAAUCUUGGUUGACCAGUUUGAGGUUCUGGUGCCAUCCAUGUUCUCCUGGCAGUUCGCAACUGGUGGAAACGUCCCACCUGGUGCUGUCGAAGCUGGUGUAACCGCUGAUGGUGAGAAGCUGUACUUCGGACGUGUGACACACGAUGGAUGCACCACACCAGGAAAAAUCCAAGGUAGUCAUGGAGUGUGCUACUAUCCCUUCGAUGGUGAAGAGAGAAGCUCACCUGAGUACGAAGUUCUGGUCCUUAUGUAA